AUGACAAAGAAUAGCACUGACAUCCAGCCAUCUGUCUUCAUACUAACUGGUCUCCGAGGACUAGCAGGAGCCCGCAUGUGGCUAGGACCACUCCUGAGUCUUAUGUACACCAUCACUCUGGUCAGCAAUUGUACAUUGCUAUAUCUAGUCAAGAUUGAGCGCAGCCUCAGGGAACCCCAAUAUCUUUUCCUUUCCAUGUUGGCAGGAGCAGACAUUGCCCUGUCCAUUUCAACAUUGUCAUCAGUGCUCAAGGUUUUUGUCUUUGGUCAUCAUGAGAUCACAAUUGAUGCCUGCCUUAGUCAGCUCUUCUUUAUUCAUACCUUCUCUUCUACUGGAUCAGGGAUUCUCUUGUCCAUGGCUUUUGAUCGAUUUGUGGCCAUCAGCCAUCCAUUGCGCUAUACCACUAUACUCACCCAUUCACGUAUUACCAAGAUGGGACUGGCAGCUUUCUUGAGGGGCAUAGCACUCAUGACUCCAUUGCCUAUCCUCCUCAAGAGGCUUCCUUUCUGCAAAGGCCAGACCCUCUCUUACUCUUACUGCCAACACCCUGAUGUCAUGAAACUGGCCUGCGGUCCUGUCAAAAUCAACAUCUUCUAUGGCCUCAUCAUGGUCAUCUGCUCCUUUGCAUUGGACUUCUUGCUCAUUGUCCUCUCCUACACCCUAAUCCUCCGAUCUGUGCUGGGAAUUGCUUCCAGAGAAGGGCAACUCAAGGCACUGAAUACUUGCCUUUCCCACAUCUUCAUUGUUCUCAUCUUCUACAUGCCACUCCUGGCAAUUGCACUAUUACAUCGUAUAAAUCGAAAGAGUUCCCCUCUAACCUUUGCUGUACUUGGCAAUUUUUAUCUCUUCAUGCCUCCCAUGUUUAAUCCAAUUGUAUACAGUCUGAAGACUAAAAAAAUACGUGAUGCCUUGCAGAAGUCCUUUGGCAGUUGGAGAACCUGA